UGUGUCGCAAUAUAAUGCCUGCCACGCGUCAAUCUAAUUUUGCUGCCGGGGCAGCUCCCGCGAAUGAGUGGCACGCGGUAGGGAACGCGGUAUUCACCCGGGGCCCACUCCAGGAAUCAUGCAUUUCUUGCUCAGAUUAAUCUGCUUCCUUUACAUAUGGGGCAUUUUUACUGCUCAGGGACAAAAGAAAGAGGAGUUCACAGAGGAAGUGAAAAUAGAAGUUUUGCAUCGUCCGGAAAACUGUUCUAAGACAAGCAAGAAGGGAGACCUGCUAAAUGCUCAUUAUGACGGUUUCUUGGCAAAAGACGGCUCGAAAUUCUACUGCAGUCGGACACAAAAUGAAGGCCACCCCAAAUGGUUUGUUCUUGGUGUGGGGCAAGUCAUAAAAGGCCUAGACAUUGCCAUGAUGGAUAUGUGCCCUGGAGAGAAGCGGAAAGUGGUUAUACCUCCUUCAUUUGCAUAUGGAAAGGAAGGCUAUGCAGAAGGCAAGAUUCCACCUGAUGCAACACUGAUUUUUGAGAUCGAACUUUACGCUGUGACCAAAGGACCACGGAGUAUUGAGACAUUUAAGCAGAUAGACACGGACAAUGACAAGCAACUCUCUAAAACUGAGAUAUAUCAUUACCUGAAAAGGGACUUUGAAAAAGAUGACCAGCCACGUGACAAGUCAUACCAGAAUGCAGUUUUAGAGGACAUUUUUAAGAAGAACGACCAUGAUGGCGAUGGCUUCAUUUCUCCCAGGGAAUACAAUGUAUACCAACAUGAUGAACUGUAGCAUAUGCUUAUUUCUCAGUUGUCUUAGCUAUUUAAUGUACUUUGUAUAUAAAACAAAGUCACUUUC